AUGACAACGACACAGCAGGAAACGCAUCAUCAGGCGGUUGUUCUACAACACAAAGGUCUCAUAACGCUCGAGGAAAAACCGAUACCCGUUCUAUCUGAUCCGCACUACGUUAGGCUUCAGAUUAAGAAAACAGGAAUUUGUGGAUCUGAUGUGCACUACUAUAAGACGGGAGCUAUUGGUGACUUUGUUUUGAAGGCUCCCAUGGUUUUAGGCCACGAGUCCAGCGGCGUCGUGGUCGAGGUCGGUCGGGCAGUGACCAUGGUCAAGGUCGGAGACAGAGUCGCAAUUGAGCCCGGAGUUCCAAGUCGGUACUCCGAUGAGACUAAGGCAGGCAGAUACAACCUGUGCCCCCACAUGGCUUUCGCUGCCACUCCUCCAUACGACGGGACUUUGGUUAAGUAUUACCUGGCACCAGAAGACUUUCUAGUUAAGCUACCAGAUCACGUGUCGCUAGAGGAAGGUGCGCUAGUCGAACCUCUCUCUGUAGGAGUGCAUGCUGCAAAACUAGCAGAAGUCCGGUAUGGUCAAAGAGCUUUGGUGUUUGGUGCAGGCCCCGUAGGUUUGCUUACGGGGGCAGUAGCCGCAGCUUUUGGGGCGAAAGACGUUGUUUUCGUCGAUGUGCACGCGAUCAAAUUGAAGCUUUCGACAAAAUUUGGGGGUACUCACGCCGUAGACGCGUCUAGAAUAGUAGGCGAGGACAAUUUGGUUGCGGAGAUUGAACGCGUUUUGGGUGGUGAACAGCCCGAAGUUGUUUUCGACUGUUCCGGUGCAGAACCAUGCGUUAGAGCAGGCAUCAAAGCUUGCAAAGCAGGAGGUACUUAUGUCCAGGUCGGAGUAGGGAAAGAUGACGUUACUGUACCUCUCACUGCUAUCGGCACCAAAGAAUUGAGAGUUCAAGGUACAUUCAGAUAUGCCUUUGGGGACUAUAGAGAUGCCGUGAGAUUGAUUUCUGAUGGUGACGUUGACGUGAAGCCCCUUAUCACGCACCAUUUCAAGUUUGAAGAUGCUCCUAAAGCUUACGACUUCAACAUGAAUUUUCCCUCCGAGGUGAUUAAAACCAUUAUAGAUGGGCCGGAGUAA